AUGGAGUUGGAGGAAGGGAUGAUCCCUGUCAUAAAUGGACUAGAGGAACCUGUCAGAAGUCAGAUGGAGAAUGCAGAUUCACCCAUUGCUGUGACUGAAGAGGAUGUUGAGGAGCUCAUCAAAAAUCCGACUGCUCAAACAAAGGUGGAGCUAAAUGAGAGUAUAGCUUAUGUAUGUACUGGACUUAGAGAAGGUUUUUGGCUGUUUUCUAAUACUCAUCUGGAAGAGUGGCCUCUCAUCUAUGAUAUAUUGGAUCGGCCCCCAAAGACUAAGGCCAAAAGAAAGUUCCUACAGGCACAGAUUGAUAAGGAGGUGGAAGUUGAAUGGUAUUUUCCACCUUUUGGUCCAGAUCUGCUUCCUGGCAUGUAUAGCAUGCCUAUAUACACUGUUCCCAAACCAGGAACUAUGAAGCAUUGA